CUCACUCGCUCGAACUGUUGUCAAAACAACCCUCCACUAUUCACUCCACCAUCCAACCCCUCCCCCGGGACAAGACACUCCCAUAACGUCCCCCAGGCGUAAGGCCGAUCAACGUCGACGGCUCAUACACCUUUGGACAUCACGCAUCCCAUCACUUCCCCCACACAGUCUCCUGUAUGCUCGAGCUUAUGUCGAGCCACGACACAGACUUCACCCGCAGGCUCCGAGCCGUUGCCUCGGCCUCGCCAGGCCCAUCACGAACCAAGCGAUCGCACCAUCCAUCCCGAGAUUUUGACCGCGAUGUAUUUGGCGAGAUUGAACCGCCAGCCGCGCGAGGUACAAGCCCAAAGCUCAAGGAAAAGGGCAAAGCCGUCGAGCGAGACUAUGGAGACCGGUUCAUCCCCACACGCGAGGAAGCAGACAUUCACACAGCGUACUCGCUCCUGACCGAGGAUGGGGGAUAUCACAACGGACUGAACAAGCCGCGCACACGCGGAAAGAAUGUCGCCAGCUUGAGCUCGGAUGCAGAGGCCCGAAGGGAAGAAGUGCACAACACCUUCUCUCAUCUUCUGAAGAUAGAGUUGUUGCCCGGAUCCAUCACUCCGUCUCGAUCCACAUCGCCAACCGGCAGGCCGUCACCAUCUCGCCUCGGGCGUGGGCGCAACGUUGUCACCUUCACCACAUCAAAUCACCAGAACCUUCCAGUGUCCAACGCUCCACAAUCGAGCGCUGGGACGACCCCCUUGCACCAUCACCCACCACCCGGCGUCACGGGCGAUCGAGCAGACCGAGAAAUGUCACCCGCUUCGCACCUUCCUCCGCUCCCCUUGCACGCCCCUUCCACCCCCACAUCAGGUCACACACGUCCACCAGGAGCCGGGCCGAGCUCCAACCAGGCUCGCGCACACCAAUCGCAGGUCGCGCUCACGUCUGCAGCCGCCGGGGCAGCUACCCCACCCAGUCGCAAGAUCGCAUACUCUCCUCCACCAGGUAGAGCGUCGCCGUCAACGCCUUCCAAGAAGCGUGUCUACACUUUCUCCUCACCCGCGUCAAAGAGGAUGGCAGAGCUCACAAAUGGCAACAACCUCGACGAUAUGGGUCAUGAGCGGUAUAGUCUCAGUCCUGUGGGGCGUAGCACUCAGAGCGUCCUCCUCAGUCCACGCAAGAGCGUAAGACAAAUCUCCCGAACCCCCUUCAAGGUCCUCGAUGCGCCCGAAUUGCAGGACGACUUCUAUCUCAACCUUGUGUCCUGGUCGCAAUCCAACGUUCUCGGUGUUGGGCUUAACAGUUGCGUUUACCUGUGGAGCGCACAAACCAGUAGAGUCACCAAGUUGUGUGACCUGGUUGCCUCGCAGGGUGAGGAUGGAGGAGAUCAUCCGCCUGACUCUAUCACUGGAUUGGAGUGGACGAACAAGGGGAGCACCCUCGCUAUCGGUACCGCUCGCGGAGUCGUCGAGAUCUGGGACGCCGAGUACUGUAAGCGUAUCCGAACAAUGACUGGUCACAACGGACGAGUGGGCUGCCUCGCAUGGAAUCACAACAUCCUUUCCUCUGGUUCGCGGGAUCGCACCAUCCUUCACCGAGAUACGCGCAUGCCACAACACUACAUGCGUCGCUUGUCUGGACACCAUAAGCAGGAGGUGUGCGGUCUCAAGUGGAAUCCCGAUACGGAUCAGCUGGCUAGUGGUGGCAACGACAACAAGCUGUACGUCUGGGGUGGUACGGACAAUCGUCCCACAUGGCGAUUCGGUGAGCAUCGUGCUGCCGUCAAGGCAAUUGCUUGGAGUCCCCACCAACGAGGCGUCCUUGCCAGCGGUGGAGGUACCGCCGACAAGAAGAUUCGCUUCUGGAACAGCUUGACGGGAGGCCUCGUGAGCGAGUGGGAUACUGGGUCGCAGGUAUGCAACCUCAUGUGGUCUCGCAACUCGAACGAGAUUGUCUCCACUCACGGCUACUCGGCUGGUCCGAUCCAGAACCAGAUCCACAUUUGGCGAUAUCCCUCGAUGACCCAGGUGGCCACGCUUACAGGUCACACGUUCCGUGUACUUUACCUCGCCAUGAGCCCUGAUGGACAAACUAUUGUCACGGGCGCUGGUGACGAAACGCUUCGAUUCUGGAAUGCGUUCCAGCGGCCAAGCGGAGAAGGUCGCGUCAACCUGUCGUCUGGAGGCCCAAGUGGCCUGAAUCCAUUUGCCAAGUUGCGAUGAUCAUGAUGAAGUUGAAGAGGUGGAAAAUGGUAUCUCGUUAUAGUAGUCUGACAUUCCGGUUCUCGUUC